UCCACACGCUUCUAUUCCGUUUCAUUCGGCCCCCUCCCUACCCCCCCCCCCACCCAAACCUCUUUUCCUCCCCUAUCCUGGUGCCUUCUAUAUAUACAUACAUUAACCUUAUAUGUAUAGUGUUCUCCAUUUUCUCAAUUGAUUUGUUGAUUCUGUAAAGAGGAGGAUGUCGCGCAGCAGCUCGCAGUCUGGAACCAACGGCCACAACUCUUUUACGAGCGCCGGCGAGUCGUCGCCGGCGGCCGUAUCUGGCGGCGGAGGAGAGAUCAUGCUGUUUGGUGUGAGAGUGAAGGUGGACCCCAUGAGGAAGAGUGUGAGUUUGAACAAUCUCUCUCAGUACGAGUUGCCUAACGGUAGCGACAACAUCAAUAACAAUAGCAACAGCGGAAAUAACAAUGAGUCUUCUAAAGUGGCUGACGAGGGCUACGCUUCCGCCGAUGACGCUGUUCCUCACCACUCCGUCAGUGGCCGUGAGCGUAAGCGAGGAGUUCCAUGGACGGAGGAGGAGCACAAGUUAUUCCUUUUGGGAUUGCAAAAAGUGGGAAAAGGAGACUGGAGAGGUAUUUCUAGAAAUUUCGUCAAGACUCGAACACCUACACAGGUCGCGAGUCAUGCUCAGAAAUACUUCCUCCGGCGAACCAACCUCAAUCGUCGCCGCCGCCGUUCUAGCCUCUUUGAUAUCACCACUGACUCAGUAUCUUUAGUGCCGAUAGAAGAAAAGCAAAAUCUGCAAGAACACCAAGUUCUGGCACCAACAUCAUUGCCUCCUGUAGAAAAUUCCAAAAUCAAUGCAUUUCAGGUGACACCUUUGCCAGUAACUUUUGGGCAAGGAGAUCAAAUUAAUAAGAAUUCAUCUAUAUUCCGCCGGCCGGUUCCUGCUCUUCCACUGUCUAAUUCGUCAAGAAUAGCUGACUUUAACUUGAAUCAGAGCUCAGCAAUGGAAGCAUCUUCAUUGUCGUUGACAUUGUCCUUGUCACUAAAUCAAAGCCAGUCAUCAUCUACUAGGCACUCAGCAUUUCAAGUGAUGUCAAAUUUCAAUAAUGGAGAGAGCAUUAUCAGUGUGGCAUGACAUACAAGAAUCUUUUUUAGAAUAAGAAUAAUUAUUAAAAGCUAGAAAAAUGAAGUAAUAACAUAGAAAAAGGCAAAUGGGAGUUUAUAAUUCUAUAUUAUUAUUAUAAGGUGAGAUAAGGUACUUAGUUGACUAUGAUGUAUGGUCCUUUUGUUUUGUACAGACCAGAAACUCGUCAUGCCUUGCUGUACCUGUUUUAUGCUACUUAUAUUAUGUUAGUGUCUUCUUUAUUUGUUUUGUUUCAUUUGUUUGUUGUUGGGGAGGAAAAAAAUAACUCUGAAUAACAUCGGACAUUGUGCUUGUUGCUAA